AUGAGCCUGAAGCCCGAGACGGCCGCGGCCCUGGGCAAGGCCGCCGGCGCCGCGGCCCUGGGCGCCGCCCUCGUCCUCGGCGACGUGUCGCCCGCCGCCGCCGCGGCGGCGGCCCCCGCCGCGAAGCAGCCGGGCCCGAUCCAGUACGCCCAGCUCGAGGACUGCGCGACGUCGAAGAACUUCGCGAAGCGCCAGCGCAAAACCGUCGCGACGCUCGAGGGCCGCCUCAAGAAGUACGAGCCGGGGUCCCCGCCGUACCUCGCGCUCCAGCAGACGCUGGACCAGGCGAACAACCGCUUCAAGCGCUACGCCGACAGCGACCUCCUCUGCGGCAAGGACGGCCUGCCGCACUUGGUUGUCGACGGAAAUCCGGUCCACCUGGCCGAGUUCGUCUUCCCGGGCAUCGGCUUCCUCUACACGGCGGGCUACAUCGGCUCGGCGGGCCGCAAGUACGUCAAGACCGUGGCCAAGACCAAGAACCCGGCGGAGAAGGAGAUCAUCAUCGACGUGCCCCUCGCGCUCACGAUCAUGCUCUCCAACUACCUCUGGCCCCGCGACGCGUACGCGGAGUUCAUCAAGGGCGACUUCGUCGCCGACGCCGACGAGAUCACGGUCUCCCCGCGGUAA